CCAUCCCUCCACCCCGCACUCUAGACGCGCAUGCAACACCACAACCCAUUCCCCCGCAAUCCAUCCCAGAGCCAGCGGAGGGAGCAGACGGCAAAUUCCUCACAUCCCAAAAAUGAUCAAGAACACCCUUUUCCUGAUGCUUCUAGGGCAAUGGUUGGCUCUUUACGUUGCAGAUUCUCAGCUCGCCGGGCCUCAGGGACCCUUCGCCAAGACGGCAAAAGUAGGAGAGACGGUCAAGUUGGAGUGCCAUGUCAGCUAUCCUGUGGAGUUGGUUACUAGCUAUUUCUGGUACAAACAGACUGUGGGUGAAGCCCCGGUAGCAAUAGACACCACCAACUGUAAGGGGUCCGAUUGUAAAUUUAUUUCAAAACAAGGUGACAGCGAGCGUGUGCUGCUAUUGGAAAUCCGUAAUGUCCAGGUCAAUGACUCUGGGACCUACUACUGUGCUGAUAGGGAUGGCUAUGCUCCUCUCCAGCGGGGACCCAGACUGCUUGUUGGAGACAGUUCCACUGACAAGACGUCCGUCCUCGUCUUCCUCCCGCCGUCUGUAUCUGCCCAGAUGGACGUCGUCCCCUUGGUGUGUCUAGUCAGCGGGGUCUCUUCCAACGAGAUUGUCAUUUUCUGGAAUAUAUCCGGCGAGGUGACCCAGGGGGCGAGCGAUGUCGGGAAGCGGGAGCCAGACGGCAACUGGAACAUCACGAGUCAGGUCAUGGUGACCAGGGAACUGUGGACAAGCGGCGCUCUGUGUUCUUGUGUCGUUCAACUGGGAGAGAAAGUCCUGACAAAGAGUGUGUCCUUCACUGAACCGGCAGCAGCAAAGGCAGAAGGGUGCAAUCCAGUCAAUAACGUUUUGAGAAUCAUCUCGGCAAUCCUCCUCCUAAUCAUGAUUCUAAUUAUGGUCUGGUUAGACAAAGGCAGUCGAUCAGCGACAGGCAGGAGACCCCACAAUGAAACCUUUCGAUUGAGAGAGAGAACACAAAGAGGCGAAUGAGACCAGUUGCAAUUAGACUGGGAGCAAUUCCCCAAAAGUCUCCUUGGAGUCAGGAUUUCGAGGUAAAGGAAGAAAAAAAGAAAGCAGGUCUCACGUGAAAAUCCAGAUGGAAUUCGAUCCAAGAGGAUUUAUGGAGGAAACCGGAUCUGCAAGAGAUCUCACAGCUCUGUUGCAAUCAGUUGGAGCCUUGCAAACACUGAGGCUGUGGUUUUAACUUCACUUUUGACUUUGUGAAGUCAUUUUGUUGCAUGUAACUGACUGGA